UUUAAACACGGACAUAUGGCUGAAGCACGGAAUGAUGGAGAUGAAGAAUUUCCAAAUGUGUCUAUUACGAGGAGAAGAGAUUCAACAGACCGCUCAGAAAGAAAUAAACAAGAACACUUACAUAUAAGUUCAGGACCCCUUUCUUCAAUCAAAGCAGCCUUUAAGAGAACUUCUGCAAGAGCUCUCUCACAACCAGACUACUCCAGGGAAAGAAGGCGUUCAGAGGUAACCAUCCUAUCAGCAGAGCCGUUUGCAGCCACUUCUUGGUAUCCAGGGGAGUCUGGCCAGUUUUCAUCCACAGCUUUCACAACACAACCAAUCUGGAAUGAGAGUGUUCUGACCUCUGUUCAGCUCCCACCAUCCUAUGAGCAGGUGAUCAAGGAGAAGACCCAGGAGCAGGUUACCACACCUUCACCACCUCCACAACACUUAUACACAACAACUAUUGCCACACAGACUGACUCACUAGAGGAGAAUGCCACAGGUCCAGAUUCUGGCACGUCCCUGCUGCUGAACCGGGUGCAGCCCAGUGGACCAAAGCAGCCAAUAAAACCACCUCGGCCAUCAUUGCCUAAACCCAAACCCAUUCCGCAAGAAACUCAAACCAGGUCCCCAACAUCCACUCCCAACUCCCAACCCGUCGUCGAUAUAGCCCCAGCCCCACGCCCGGUUCCUCAGCCUCGCUCCAAAACGAAACCCCUGAGUCCAACCAACCACGUCAAUGUGCAACCUCUGAUAGCACUGCAAGACAGCUGGGACGUUUGUCCUAUACCCUCUGAGGAGAAUUCUGAUUCCCAUUCAGGAAAGUAUCUGAAGGAUCUCUUAGAUGUCUUCAGCUCCGAACCUCAAAGUGAACUGAGUAACCCUGUCAACAUUCAAAGAGAGCAGACGAACCAAACUAAAGAGAACCAAAGCGAGAACAUGACCUCCCUCCACAGCGACCGCAACAUCCGAUCAAGAAUCCAGGCCUUUGAAAGUCAAUCUAGCGCAGAGAAUAAUGAAACCUUUGUGCCUUCCCCCCGUCCUCGAAACAUUUACACCAAACCACCUGUGCUGGCACCAAAACCCUCCAUUACCCCUCGUCCUUCUGUCAAAAAGCCCAAAGAAGAGGAGUUUUUACAAUAUGACAGUCAUUUAUACGAAGAGGUCAGUGCACCACCUAUGCCAGCUCCAAGACCUCAGCUUUUCAAAAAACCGUCCUUCAACUCAAGAGAUGAGUCUGACUCUCAGCCUCCCUUCAGGAUGGCCCUCAUUCCUCCAUCGCGACCUUCAUUGGUCAAAGUUAAGAAUCUAAGUUCCCAGGAUGAGGAAGUAGUAUUGAAAGGACCUCCCCCGCCACUCAAGCCCAGCAAAGAUCUGUUGAACCUCAACAACCACAACUCCACUGCACUUCUGUCUAACAUCACAUCCACAGCGAACAUGCUAAACAAUGACUGUGUGGAUGCUGCCAUUAACCACUCUCCCACUAAAACUGCCUAUCAAGGGGGAUUCACCUACAUAGGAUCAAGCAUGCAGGGAGUGACCAGGAGACCCACAGUCAUCAGAGUCCCCAGUAAAACAGAAAAAAACCCUGAAGAAAUGGCAGAUUUUCCUCCUCCUUUACCUGUACAAAAACCUGUGGGCGGCCCACCUCCACCUGCUAAACCCGCUCGCAAAGACUCCUUCAGUUUCUCAUCUGACAUGUCUCUUCCACCACGGCCCAGUGGAGGAAAGGUUCUGCCUCCUCGCCCACCACCAGCUAAAACAGGCCCGGGAAGACCGCCUCCUCCACGAAAAGAUGGCUCCCAACGUCGGCCCUCAGAUCCGGGACUUUCACAAAUAGUCCCAGCAAAACAACAGCAACCUCAAUGGCAGCAACAAAACCGCAGAGCUUCGAAAAAGGGACCUGCUCUACCGCCUAGACCCAACCCUGGACAUCGUCUUUACAACAAAUACACACUUGAGAUCCCCCACGGCAUUGCUGACUUUGACUACAAUGGCACUAACACUGGGGAGCUCUCCUUUCAGAAAAAUGAAGUCCUCGUCUUACUUGAAGAAUUAGACAGCAAAAACUUUGAAUGCCAAGUAGGAAACGCUAAGGGCACAGUGCAGAAAACACAUAUGAAGAUUAUCACACCCUUAACAGAUUUACCCAACAAUUCAGUACCACAGAAAAAUAGUUAUUUUAGUGGCAUGGUGGAAAAUACUGGAUCACAAGUGCAAGCCCUGUAUGACUUCACUCCAGAGGGGCCGGGAGAGCUGGCUUUAAAGGCUGGAGAUGUGGUUUCUAAUGUAGAACAGUUGGACAGUGACUGGUACACGGGAACAUGCAGAAAUGUGUCUGGGUUCUUCCCCAUUAACUACGUCAAGACACUGAACAAGCCUGAUACAUCUGCACCAGCACCCAGAAGUGAGUGGAAAACCAAACCAUCUCCUGAGCCUGUCAGAGGCCCAAGGUGUGUUGCAAGGUUUGACUUUGACGGAGAGCGGAGCGAUGAGCUCUCAUUUUCUGAAGGUGAUAUGAUUUGGCUCAAAGAAUAUGUGGGAGAGGAGUGGGCUCGUGGGGAAGUGAAUGGCCAUGUUGGCAUUUUCCCUCUCAACUAUGUGGAAGUGCUUGAGGAUCUUCCUCCAGCCACAGUGCAGAAACCAGCUCAAAAUAAGUUUGCGCUGCCUGGAAAGGCUGGUUCGUUUAAAGCACAAAUGUCUUACAAUGCCAGUGAGGCUGGAGAGUGGGCUGUGGCACUGUAUGACUUCACAGCGGAGACAGAGGGGGACCUGCCCUUCCAGCAGGGAGACAGGAUCCUGGUCACGGAUCACAUAGAUGAUGAAUGGUGGAGUGGAAGGAUGAAUGGCAGAGAAGGCUUCUUCCCCAAAGCCUUUGUAGAGGUUGUUACAGGUAGGAGGAAGUGGUAAAAGAAUGAUUCAUCAGAUGCAGCCUCAGAAGAACUUUUUUUGUGCGACUUGUUUCCAGUUUAUUUUAAUUGUGAUUUUGUCUAAUGUAUUUAUAAAUGUUAAUAUUCUAAAUCCAUUGUAUCCUAAAAAUAUAUUAAUGAA